AUGCAGCAGGGCAACAACGACGACAGCAUUCACCAGUUGAGCAGGAGCCGCUCGUCCAGCCCGCUGCCCAGGCGGCCCUCCAGCCCCCUGAGGUCUGAGUCUCCCACACGCGCCCAACUGACCCAGUCCUCCCGCCAUGCCCGCCUGCUGUCGCGCUUCAGCGACCUCUAUGCCGUGGAGCGGCUGGAGGCCCAGAGCCUGCUGCGGCGCUACGUCGAUGACCUCACCAUGGUCCAGAAGAUAAUAUACAUCGCUGCCGUGGGGUCCUUCCAGACGGCGAAGCUAGCCUACAGACAGUUCAAGCUGCGUGUGAGGAAGACCCUGUCCUCGUCUCACAUGGGUCCAGAGACCCUGGAGGAUGCAGCCGUGGACUAUAUCGUCCGCAACAUGGAUCUGUACGAUGUCCAGGCCAGUGUCAACGACGUGAUCAACGCCAUGAACGUGAACCCACGGAUCUCCUUCCCUCCGGAGGUGGACUUCGCCCUUGUCAGCAGCCUGAUCAGGGAGACCUGCAGGGUGGCCUUCGCCAUGCAGACCCUGGACCCCCCCCUGGACCUGGCCUUCUCCAGUGAUGGGGAGCUCUUCAAUGACAACAAGUAUCGCCGUAGCUACGACUCUGAGUUUGCGGCGCCGCUGGUGCUGUAUCACGUGUGGCCCGCCUUGAUGGAGGGGGACAUCGCCCUCAUCAAGGGAGAGGCCGUGACCCACAGAGGAGCUCUGUGGAAGAGCCGAAGCCGCAGCAGCAGCCCGGUGCGCUCCCGCUCCCUGAGUCCGUCACGAGCAGUGACCUUUAACAGCGUCCGAAGCAAAUCCCCAGGCCGCCUGUCGGCUAGUUGGCUGUAAACCACACACAAGACGCACAAGAGACGCACAAGAACAUGCACCAGAUGCACCCAAGCGUGCACAAGAUGCAUGCAAGAAGUAAAAGCAAGUUGGAUUUCAACAUAAUGGAGCUCUAAUGGGAUUUGUAUUGAAUUUGUAUCGGUUGGUGCUCAAAUUCAAAAGUUUAUUCCGAAGUACGCAACAUCAGUACUUCAGAAGAGUUUACAUGGUAGAAUACAGGAAUAUGUUAAAUAAAGGCAACAUGACAUGAGAAUUACGUUUUUGAUUUAUCGGUUGAUUUCCCCAUAUACAACAAAGCAUGUUAAAUGCAAAAACGGUGUACUGUAAACUAAACCUAAAUUACAACUUAACGUUAUCCCUUGAAAACACAAAGGUUUUGUGAUUGUGUCACCGUCCUUAGGGGGCGGGUCAACCAAAUCCAACCAAUCAAGAAAAACAUUUGGGACCCCUCAAUUACUACCUUAUUUGAUAGUUAUCAUUAGGAGGCGGUAGGUUCUUCCACUAUGCCCAUUGACAGCUUUGACGAUCCAAUCAAAAUUAUAGAAAGGAUUGAAUAUUCAAUUCAAAGGAAGUUACAUUCUCAAAGCUCUUCAAGUCCUCUAUACCGUCCGCCAUGGUUAUUCCAUCCUACCAUACAAAUCAGCUACAAUAUAAAGAUGAUCUAUCAACAUAUAUCGUUUGUAUCCUUUUAGAUGUUUGAUUAUUUCCUUAAUUGUUUAAUAGAGGUGUUUGCGAAUUAAUAUGAAUAACAAUAUUAUGUUUCAACCUGCAAAUGAGCCCUUUUCUAGUCUGAAGAAUCAUUGAAACUGGCGAAACGUUCUCUCUCUCUAUCCCCCUCCUUCCCUUCGACCGGUGCUCAGUAUACUUUAUGGUGGGUAAAGUAGGUUUACUUGUAGAAAUACUUGACUGAUAAUAUAUUCAAAAUGUUAUAUUAGUGUAUUUAAAAUAAGUCUCAGAAACGUCAUGUUUUGGUGCUGUGGAUUUGAAUGAUAUCGUUAAUCAUAAAUAGGCCUCACAUUUUUCUAGUUGAUUCAAUCUGAAGUUGAUAGAGAUUGAUAACUUAUAUUAUGUCAAUUUCUUUGAUAUUAAGUACUUUGAAUUAUAUGUAUUCAUGAUCAUUUUUUGAAUCGUAGGCCGAACCUGACGGUAACAAAUUGUAUAGCCAUUAAUAGUCAUUAACAUUUUAACAUAAUUCAUAUUUUAACAACUUCGAAGGUCAGCAUAGUUCACUGUGCCUUGUAUGCCUUGUGCUGUAAGUCUUUUUUGAGAAAUAAAAUUUUUAAAAACACACUUUUACGUU